AUGGUUCACUGCGCCGGCUGCAAAAGACCCAUCCUGGACCGCUUCCUGCUCAACGUCCUGGACCGGGCUUGGCACGUGAAAUGCGUCCAGUGUUGCGAAUGUAAAUGUAACUUGACGGAGAAAUGCUUUUCCAGAGAAGGAAAACUCUACUGUAAAAACGACUUCUUUAGGUGUUUUGGUACCAAGUGUGCCGGUUGUGCGCAGGGCAUCUCUCCGAGCGAUUUGGUCCGGAGGGCCAGAAGCAAAGUCUUUCAUUUGAACUGUUUCACUUGCAUGAUGUGCAACAAACAACUGUCUACCGGCGAAGAACUUUAUAUCAUCGAUGAGAACAAAUUUGUCUGCAAAGAAGAUUAUCUGAGCAACAGCAACUCUGCCAAAGAGAACAGUUUGCACUCAGCUACAACUGGUAGCGACCCCAGCCUGUCCCCGGAUUCGCAGGACCCCAGUCAGGAUGACGCCAAGGACUUGGAAAGCGCCAAUAUAUCCGACAAGGAGGUGGGCAGUAAUGAGAACGACGACCAAAACCUGGGGGCCAAACGGAGAGGGCCCCGCACCACCAUCAAAGCCAAACAACUGGAAACCCUCAAAGCAGCCUUUGCCGCCACUCCCAAACCCACCAGGCACAUCCGUGAGCAGCUGGCACAGGAGACUGGCCUUAACAUGCGCGUCAUCCAGGUUUGGUUCCAGAACCGGCGUUCUAAGGAAAGGCGCAUGAAACAGCUGAGCGCACUCGGGGCCCGCAGGCACGCGUUUUUCCGCAGCCCCCGCCGCAUGAGACCACUGGUGGACCGUUUGGAGCCGGGCGAGCUCAUUCCCAACGGGCCGUUUUCUUUCUAUGGAGAUUAUCAAAGCGAAUAUUAUGGACCCGGAAGCAAUUAUGAUUUUUUCCCGCAAGGACCUCCAUCUUCCCAAGCUCAAACCCCAGUGGAUCUCCCCUUCGUACCCUCCUCAGGACCAUCAGGGACCCCACUUGGGGGGAUGGACCAUCCUUUACCUGGACAUCAUCCUUCCAGCGAAGCUCAGCGGUUCACAGACAUCAUGUCCCACCCUCCCGGAGACUCACCUAGUCCAGAACCCAAUUUACCUGGCUCCUUGCACUCCAUGUCAGCAGAAGUCUUUGGACCAAGCCCUCCAUUUUCAUCCAUAUCGGUCAACGGAGGUGGUAACUACGGUAACCACUUGUCGCAUCCGCCGGAAAUGAAUGAGGCUGUUGUAUGGUAG